UCGGGGCUCGAGAGCAUGGCUGGAAAGAUGUUGGUCAAAGCUGGAGGUCUGAAUAUGAGUUGGGACCGGGUGGGGUCGUUGAUAUGAUGAAGGGAUUGUGGAAGGAGCUGAAACCACUGUACCAAAAGUUCCAUGGCUACAUUAGGUACAGACUGCGAGAGAUAUAUGGGCACAAUAACGUCUCUCGCUCUGGCCCAAUCCCGACGCAUCUCCUGGACAUGUGGGGGUUUGACUGGAGCUACCUCACUUAUCUAGUCAAACCAUACCCCAAAAAACCAGACAUCCAGUUGACUACAACUAUGUACAAGAAAGGUAUGUCUGUACUAGAUAUGGUACGAAUGUCUGAGGACUUUUAUGUAUCUAUGGGACUAGAGAAAAUGGUGCCGUCAUUCUGGAAAAAAUCGUUGUUUAGCCACAARGCUGGUGAAAAGGUAGAUUGUACGAUAUCUGCCUGGGACUUCUCACCUGGAGAUUAUAGGAUCAAGAUGCCUUGCGCAUCACUGAAUGAACAUGAACUGUUAACUGUGAUCCACGAGAUGGGCCAUAUCGAGUACGACAUGAUGUACAGCAAACAACCCUAUGUAUUUCGUAAUGGAGCAAAUCCCGCCUUCCACGAGGCUGUUGGUGAUGCUGUAUCGCUAUCUGCAAGAGUGCCAUCUUAUUUAAAGAAGGUUGGACUGCUUCCAGAAGAUACCCCGUUCGACAAGGAUCCAAAAAUUGCAAUCAAUGCUUUGAUGACACAAGCAUUGAAGAACAUUGCCAUCCUUCCCUUUGCCAUAACCAUCGACUUCUGGCGGUGGAAAGCAUUCAGCGGUGAGAUCACCCCAGAAAGAUACAACGACGAAUGGUGGAAUCUCAAACUAGAGUACCAAGGGGUUACACCACCUGCAAAGAGAACCAAGUAUGACUUUGAUCCUGGUGCUAACUCACACAUCUGUAACAACACUCCUUAUGCCAGGUACUUCAUUGGUGCGGUCCUGCAGUUUCAAUUCCAUCAAGCCUUGUGUAAAGCAGCAAAUCACGUGGGACCCCUUCACAAAUGUUCCAUCUAUGGAUCCAAAGAAGCGGGGGCAAAGCUAAGGGCCAUGCUGGAAAUGGGUAGAAGUAAACCAUGGCAGGAUGCUUUGGAAGUACUAACUGGUCAGCGUUUCAUCGACGCAAGCGCAAUAAAGUCUUACUUUCAACCAUUAGAAAACUGGCUGGACAAACAACAAGCGAAAAUAAAAUACCCAGUGGGCUGGUAACCCUGGCGGUAAGAUGAUGAACUGCGCAGGCGCACUACAUUGCUGCUGACCAGGGAAAGCGCAGGCGCGUAAGUGUAAAGUACUGCUGACCAGGGAAAGCGAAGGCUCUGGAGGAAGUAUUUGAGAAUACUUUGGAUGYGAAGAACAAAUAUAAGGCAACUCGUGGACUAAUGCUUUAUGUGACUGUAUUAAAUUUUUUAGAUUAUCAUUUUAAUAACCUCCAGUUGCAGUUUUUUAUAAGCUG